GUCUUUGUGGGUGCAACGCGACGGUCGUGUGAGCACAAAAAUUCUAAAUAAGCAGUUGCCAUAGUCGCAGUUGCAGUCGUAGUCGCAGCAACUUUAAACGCAAAACUGAAAAGAUUAAAUCGAAGCUUCAUUAGCUAAUAACGCACAAGAGACGAUCGAUCGGUCAUAGGCAAAAAGCCCUGCGCAUUGUGUGUGUUUCGGGGUGUUGCCAGAUUGUUGGCGUUCUGGGUGGUGGUGUUGGAGCAAGUGCGCCAGUUGAGCUCGUGGUUUGUGGUGGUUGCCAGAAUCAUUUCACUUAUUGUGCCUCAAGUAUUGGCAUCAAGUGCUCGAGCCACCCUAAAGAUCAAGAUGCUGAUCAUGUUGACGCUGGCGCUGGCACUGCUGGGCAGCCGUGCCUCGAAUGCAACCAUAUCCAUGUAUCAACGGCAACAUCGCGACAGCACCGACAUCAAGGAGAAGAUCAUGGAGCUGCAGUGCCUGGCCCGCUGCGAGAAUAGCACUAAAACGCAGCGAUGUCUUGAUCAGUGUAAAUUGGAGCUGUGGCGUGCACCCAGAGCUGGCAGCUGCCCCACCAGCUCGCUGCUCGCGCGGCAUGCGCGACUGCUAUGCUUGGAUAAUUGUGCCUACGACAACGACUGCAUCGAGGUGCACAAGUGCUGUGCAUCCGCUUGCGGCCCCAUCUGCACAGAGCCAGUGGGCGUGCGCAACUCCAGCCAGCUGCCGCCCAUACCGAAGAUCUUGCGCUACAAGCUGCCACGCAGCCACAAGGUGGAGCUGACCAUUGAGUCGUCGCUGCUGCCCUAUUACUUCCACGUGGAGGUCCGAUCGCACAUCGGACGCAUCUUUACGCCACGCAAGAUGGGCAUGUGGCAGUCGCAGCAGGUCGAAAAGAUACUGGAGACAACGGACGGUCGCAGCAAAUUCAUGGAAAUCUUCUUCAAUAUACGACCGGGUCGCUGGUAUCAGGUGCGUGUGGCAGCGGUGAAUGCUUUCGGAUUCCGCGGCUACUCUCAGCCCUCACAUGCCUUCACACUGCCCAGCAACCCCAAGCCGCCCAGGGCGCCCGCCGCUAUGAAGAUCACUUCCCAGCAGUACGACGGACGACGCUAUAUGAGUGUCAAGCUCGUUUGGUGUCCGUCCAGAUCGAAUCUGCCCGUAGAGAAGUAUAAAAUUAUCUGGUCCCUAUAUGUAAGCAGCAAGGAGGGCUCACUCAUUACACACGAAGCCUAUGUCAAGGACACGCAUCAAUUCGAAAUUAAGAAACUGCAGCCCAACUCCUCCUACUACAUACAAGUGCAGGCGAUGUCCAUAAGUGGAUCGCAGCGUCUGAAAUCGGAGAAAAAGUCGCUGUUGCACAAUACAACGUUGCCGAUGCAUGAACUGGAGUAUGCCGCACCACUUGACUGCAGCACACACCACAGCAGGCACAAGUACCAUCCCAGCGCCAGCCCCAGCCAAAGCCACAGCCUCAGUCAUAGUCCCACUGUAGAGACCAGCUCCAUGCCAGCGAUAAACAAUAAUGAGGGCCGCACCUCCUAUGAAGUACGUUUCCGUUUGAACCGGAAAUUUGGCAUGAUUGUGCAAAUUUUGGGAUUUCAGCCAUACAAGGAGAAGGUAUACGAGCUGUGCCCCCAAGAAACGAACUGCGAACAGCGAGAGUUCAGCGCGAUCCGCGUCAAAAAGGAUUCACAGGAGUUUAGCAAAUUGAAAUUCAAUACAACGUACGUGCUGAAAGCGUUGCGGCCAAGUCCAAAUUCCGUACUGGAGGACAAUGGACAUCCAUUUACAUUCACAACGCCCAAGUGCGAAAGCUUUCGUAAUCGCUUUCCCAAAAUGCAAAUCAAAUGCGGCGACUAAGUGAUGCGGAGUCAAAACAACCUAGACAGAUAGACGAUCGUACAUCUGGUUGGGUUUGUGACAUCUUAAAGAACAAUGAGAUUAAACUAGCUUGUAAAUAAUUGUAUGUACCGACUUAACUUUUUUACUUAUUGUUAACGCUAAGUGUGCAAAAUAACAUUGAAUGUUUCACCUUGA